AGCGCCACUUCCCCGCGUGCUCUGUGUCUGAACGGGCAGAAUCGUCAGUCCGUCAAGCAAGUCCCGAACCGCUGCAGACCCUCAAAGCCAGGCACCAUGCACGCCGCAGUGACGCGCACGCUCGCCCUCUCGCUCGUCCUCUUCCUGCUGAUCAAUAUGGAGGGGCAAGGGGCACCCGUGCAAGGCGGCUUGGAGCUGGUCCAUCGGCAGAAGCGCCUGACCCCGCUGUGGCGUUCAGUGUUCCAAUGGAAGCCCAAAGGAUUCGCCUGCCGCGCCAACUCGGAGUGCAUCACCCGCCUAUGCAAAGAAAAGAAAUGCUCGGUUGCCAACUCGACUGGAGGCGAUAACACGUUCGCCUGAAGCCGCGUGCAAUCGCGAUUCGUGAACUCAGGCGGUCUCGGCUCAUUCGCAAAUGGACAUUAAGCGCCACAAGGGCGGCGGGAGAAGGAAAACAACCCCAACAGAUUUUUCUCUUUCGCGUCCGAAGUCUUACGAGGCCCUCUCACAAAAAGGGCUAGUGCCACGUGUGUAGCUUGCAGCACAGAAACUGUCACGUUUCGUUUGACACGCACACACACACACACUACUGCAUCGCUCAGGUUAUCAAAUCUGUACACAGUUACCACCACGGUCUGUUACAUGGCUACAUUCUGUCUUCUGACCGACACGAGCCAAGCACAAACCUCACACUAAUUGCUAAUUGCACCACUGACGUCAUCGAGUAAGAUGGUUACAAAGAAUUAACCAUUGCGAUGAAUUUAGGUGGGUUGCACAGCCAUCUGGCGCACAUUUUGCAUUUCACGGGUUUGAACCAAAAAUGAUGAAAUAUACAUAUUUUUUUACAAUAUUUUCUUAAUAUAUAAUACAGUUCACAAUUAAACCAAUUGUAGUGGCCUGAUGAGAACACGUGAAGAACAAAACUGGCGCUUCGUGUGUGCCUCACCUGUGCCAAUUAACGGACGCAGACGGACACUAUCGCUGGAAGUUUAGUUGUUGUUGCGGGUUUUGUGCCGUAAAACUCUCCCACGUGUGUUCGGGCUGGGCACGUGGUACUACGAGCCAACACACACAUUGGGGAAGGGACGACUGCAUUUGUUUUGUGUCGAUGGCUUUCAUGGUGAUGUGAUCAUAAUGCUAAUUAUGUUGCUCUUGGGUGUCAAGUCAUACUCAUGGCGGGGUCGUCAGCUGGAUUUUAGCACGGUUGGCUACGUACGGUGCGAAAUAAUUUCAAUAUACAUACGUAUGUGGGAUCGUCGUGUCUAUAGGGUGGAGCUGUCACGGAUAUACCCCUUUUCCACUAGCACGUCCGAGCCAAGCCAGCAUGGAGCCUCGCAGUGUAGGUGAUUUUCCACUGGCUAUUUGCCAUACUUAGCCACAGCCAUUCUUGCUACACUGGCCUCACAAAGAUAUCUCUAUCUGGCCUGUAGCAAAGGGGGCCAGGGCUAAGAAUGCUCACGUCACUAAAUACGACUCAUCACAGAGUGUCAUCGUGGCACGGGUCGAAUUUUGCAGUGGAAAAAAAACCAACCUGGUCCCUCCGGAGCCGUGUCGGGCUAGCUCGGCAUGGCCCCCCCAGUGUAGUUCGGUUGUGUAGUGGAAAAGAGGUAACUGGGCCCUGUGUAGCUCAAGGGGAUUUCUGGAAAUUGUGAUUGUCACAUACAAUGGUGCUCUGUGCAGAAUAAGAUAUUAUCAAAGAUAAUUCUUUUUUUUUACUUAUUUAUAAACAUUUAUCGAAAUAUAUCCGAGAAAGCAGAAGUAAAAAAACAAUCUAAACGUGUAAGUUUAACGUAAGUAUAUUUGCUAUUUUAUUUAUAAUAAACUCAUCAUUAACUGGAAUUGAUUGCAAAUGAAACUAUGCUAAAAUAAUGUGAUGAGCCACAUGGGGGUUGAGCUAUAUAACUUAGUUUUCUGCACAUAUAGUGGGAAUCAUUAGAUUCAACAUUUAUCCAAGGUUAAUCCAUCCGGCUUGCAAGUAUGUGUCUCCUCCUCAUUUUGCUCUUCCUUUUAUCAGAUAAUGGCAUUUCACACGCUUCUGUUAAGCUUCAUGCUGAUGGCUACUUAUAUUUUAGGCACGAUAUUUUGUAUGGUCAUCUGCAAUAUAUGGGCACUGCUAUAUCCAGAAUAAACAAAAAAUUGAAUCAUGGCAAGAUAACCAAAAUCCACACGCAUUUCUCGCUUGCAUUCUGCAUACUGUGGCGAGCUUGAUGCACGUGGCGAUCGGAGCUUUUGAGACUAAAGUGUGGAUUACAAUGAUCUUGUGCAUUACGAUGAUCCUGUGCCUAUGAUACAAAAAUACAAACUCAUCAUGCCCAUUCCAUAGGGGCAUGCAUGGGGCUUGUUCACGUUGAAAUUAUGAGCGUGAGUGGUCUGCACCCUCGUGAUCUUAGCUGACACAUUUCUAAAUCAGAACAUGAGCUACAUUUCCAAGAAACAGCCCGUGACAGGAAUGUGGCUGCUGAGGUUGCAGGGACGCAAUGCUGUCUCACGGGUAUGAAGCUCGCUGCAAGGCUAUGCUCUCAAUUAUUGUGAAUAGUUUUUUUGCUGUAGACAGACAUGCCCUAUUCCAUGCCCUGUCCAUUAAAAAGCAACCGCGUUACGCGAAAAAAAAAAUGUCGACUAAUAAUUUUGUCUAUAAAGCUAAACCCAUUUAAAUGUAUUGACACCCUCCAUUUAACUUUAAGGAGAAGUCGUUGUAGUUUUUAGAUUAAUUAUUAUUGUAUUUCGCUAUGAUGCCCAUGAUUUAAUCACCCCAUAUGCACCUGAUCUCAUCAUAUUUCAGAGGCUAAGCGGGCUAUGAGCCUGAUUCGUACUUGAAUGGGUCAGAUGUUGUAGGUGAGAUGAGCAGGAAUUGGAAGUGGUGUGUGUAAACAUGGUGGGGUAUCCUCCGAUAUACCAAACACUCGUUAUUAUGGAACUGGGCAAACAUUGCAAUUUGAACCCUAUUGGAUAAAAGUCUAGAAAGUAAGUGAAGCUAUAUAUAUAACUGGCUUAAGUAUUACAUCAUGAUUCAAGGUUUUUGACGGUCGGUAAUGUCACCACAAAUAUUUAUUUGAACUGACUGCGAAAUGUUAAAUAGGUAUAGGUGUAAACCGCAGAGCAAUACGAAUUGUCCAACUUGCAUUUGGAUACGAUUUAACAAGUACCAGUAAAACAAAACACUAAAAUUUCUGGCGACAAUAAUGCAGACCUAAUUAUGAUGCAAAAGGGAAGAAGCCGCCCAUGCACAUGUGUGCAGAGUGAAUAAUUCUUACUGCCCAAAACUGUGUUUGGGAUAAUACAGCUUGCUGAUGUCAACAGCAGCCAGCAAACUAAAAUGAAGGUGAACGCAUGCUGAAAUGUGCGUAAGAUUUACAGAGCAUUGCGGGAUUAUUUUCUUUCUUUCUUGUCGAAUGUUAAAGCUUGGCAUGCAUUAAUGACUUGUGUUUUAUGAGAUGCAGAUAUGGCAGUUGCUACUCAAUAUUGUGAUGACAAUGUGGUAAUUCAUGGAUUAAAAUACAUACUUAUGUUCCAAGAUACGUUUCUCAAUCAUGCAUGUGAGAACCAUAAAUGAUGUGCAAAAUAGAAUGUUCAUGUUACAUUUAGGAUAAUGGCACACAACUGUACAAACGGACUGAAAAAAGUGAGAAACAAUAUAAAUAACUUAGUGAAAAUGAGGCAAAAGUAAUCGGUUCUCGAAUCAAAUCACAGCCACAUUUGAUCGAUUCGAAGUCAAUGUCCGAAACGUGACGGUCAUAGAAUCACCGUGAGGGAAUGAAACCACUAAACAUUCAAAGCGUACGACCCAAACGUUCCUCACGAUGUGGACGAUGCACCUUGUGCAGAAUGCUGUGAUGAAGUGGCACUAUUAGCAGAGGAAUGAGAGUGAACGUACGACGAGAAAUGUCUAUCUCUUUUGUUGAGAUGGUUGCAGGUUAACACAGUGGCCCAAACAGAUGCUCUAUUAUGAUUCUGUUCCGCUUGCUAUGUUUGCACAUUUCUUUAAGGCUCAUUAAUGUCCACAAUAAAUGAAAACAAUAUGGAA